GAUGUGGAUGCAGCCACGCUGGCACGCAUCGACCUGGAAAGACGCAUCGAGUCCCUGCAGGAGGAGAUCGCCUUCCUCAAGAAGGUGCAUGAAGAGGAAAUCCGGGAACUGCAGGCUCAGCUGCAGGAGCAGCACAUCCAGGUGGAGAUGGACAUCUCCAAGCCCGACCUGACGGCUGCACUGCGGGACAUCCGCGCCCAGUACGAGAGCAUCGCUGCCAAGAACAUCACCGAGGCCGAGGAGUGGUACAAGUCCAAGGUGUCUGACCUGACGCAGGCGGCCAACAAGAACAACGACGCGCUGCG